AUGACAGCCGCAACAGAGAUAGUGUUGGAGAUGGACCCAUUGUUGGAUUCCAUCAAGGAGAAGCUCAAGAUUAUCAAAAUCCAAACCCUUGAAGAGGAAGAGCCAUGCACCAUCUAUCGAGUAGUCCCAUCGAUUCGUGGAGAAGAUGGAGCUGUCUUCGACCCCAAGAUCAUCUCCAUUGGUCCUUUCCACCAAAACAAGAAGCACCUCUUGCCAAUGGAGGAGAUCAAAUGGUGCUACCUGCACAAACUUCUUAGUCGAGUUCCGGAGAACACAUUGGAGGAGUUGCUGGGAGUUGUCGGUGCUCAAGCUCCUCAAGCUCGAAAAAUGUACUCAGAGAAGCUUUGUCUUGAACCUGAUGCCUUUGUCAAGAUGUUGUUGCUUGAUGGUUGUUUUAUUGUUGAGUUUCUUGUCAGGUUUGUCCUUGAAAAGAACCAUGGUCAACUCACAGAUACUAACUGGAAGAUGCCUCUUGUGAGGAGUGAUCUUUUAUUGCUUGAAAAUCAAAUUCCUUUCUUCAUUCUACAAUCCUUAUUUGACUCCUCAGUUUCCUCAUUGUUUGAUUUCAAGAACCAAAAUGACCCUCCCAUCACUUUAAAGGAGCUCGCUCUUAGUUAUGUUACUCAAGGGAGGCUAGAAAUAUUGCUAGAGUCAGUGAAUAAUGUCAAAAUACAUCACUUGCUUCAUUUGUUUCAAAUUUCCCUUACUCCAAAUCCUGCGUUGAGUGGUCCUCAGCCAUUUUCAUGCAUGAAGAUGUUGAUGCAAUUUCUGAGGAAGUCUUUUGAGCAAUGCUGCCCCAACUCCGGCAGCCACUUCACAAGUUAUGCUGCUCUCAUGGACAACCUAAUCAACACACCAAUGGAUGUUGUUGUUCUUCAAGAUUGUGGUAUUAUUGAAAGCAAGUUGGGCAGUGACAAUGAGGUGGCUAUCUUCUUCAACCAGUUAUGCAGGGGUGGGUAUUUAGACUAUGAAAAUCAUUAUCUAAUUGAAGUGUUCAAAGAUGUGAGAAAAUUCAGCUCAUCUAGUCGCCAUAGAUGGAGAGCAAUGUUGAUUCAUGAUUAUUUCAGCAAUCCUUGGGCUAUCAUCUCCUUUGCAGCAGCAUUUGUUCUCCUUGGCCUCACAAUUGUGCAGACUGUAUUUGCCAUUUUGUCAUAUGUUCACCCUCCUAAACAACCAACUUAA